AUGAGCGACACCAUUUCACUCCCGUGGGCAAGCGACUUCCACGUGCACCUGCGCCAGGGCGCGAUGAUGGAGACGGUGACGCCGAUGAUUGAGCAGGGCGGCGUGCGCACUGCGCCUGUCGAGUACGAGAAGCAGCUGAAGGCCCUCGCGCCCAACAUGCACUACAUCAUGACCCUGUACCUGAACCCUGAUCUGACGCCAGCAGAGAUCAACAAGGCGGCAGCGGCUGGAAUCACGGGCGUCAAGGUGUAUCCGAGCGGCGUCACGACCAACAGCGACUGGGGCGUCUUGGACUUCAAGAUCUACUACCCGACCUUCAAGGCGAUGGAGGAGAACAACAUGGUUCUGUGCCUGCACGGCGAGUGCCCGUCGGACGCCGAAAAGGGUAUCUGCAUCCUGAACGCUGAGGAGCGGUUCCUGGCCACGCUGCGCGAGCUGCACGCCGACUUCCCGAAGCUGCGCAUUGUGCUCGAGCAUGCAACCACCAAGGCCGCUGUCGAGUGCGUCAAGUCGCUGGGCGACACUGUCGGAUGCACGAUCACGGCUCACCAUCUGUUCCUGACAGUCGACGACUGGGCAGGCCAGCCGCACCACUUCUGCAAGCCCGUGGCCAAGUACCCGACUGACCGGGAUGCGUUGCGCGAGAUCGUUAGCAGUGGCCACCCGCGGUUCUUCCUUGGUUCGGAUUCAGCCCCGCACCCGCGUCGUGCCAAGCAGGGCGAGAAGCCUGCUGCUGGUGUGUUCACCACGCCGAUUCUGAUUCCGCUGAUGGCUACGCUCUUCGAGAAGCUCGGGUGCCUGGACAAGUUGGAGGGAUUCGUGUCUACCAACGGCCGCAAGUUCUACCAGCUGCCUACUGUUUCGAGCGAGAAUGGAAUUAAGCUGGUCAAGAACCAGCUGGAUGUGCCGAGCGCCUACAGCGUCAAGUCCACCGAGGACACUGUCGUGCCGUUCAUGGCUGGAAAGGACCUGCCGUGGUCUAUUGCUGAGUAA